AUGUCAAGUUUGGAAGAACCACUUGGUCUUGACAAGUUGCCAAGUAUGAACACCAUUGAAAGGAUUCAGAGGUUCUCAUCUGGAGCUUGCCGUCCCAGAGUAGAUAACUUGGGCAUGGGAAACUGCUGGAUUGAAGGACGAAUUUGCAGCACAUCCAACAACUGCAAUGAAGAUGAUGAUGAAGAGUAUACAACAGAGACAUUCCCAUGGAAAAGACAAACAAGAGACUUAUCCCUAGAUGACUCCUUCAGUCACAAGACUGUGACCAAAGGGAGGAAAUCAAUGAAAUUUGGAAUGAUUGAUGAUUCAUUCACUGAUUGCCAAACAAGUCCAAAAUGUCACACCAAAGAUUUGCAAGGAUUGGCUUAUAAGUUUCUGAGCGGUAUACCAAAGUUUGUAAAGAUAGUAGAAGUUGGUCCAAGGGAUGGAUUACAGAAUGAGAAGAAAAUUGUACCUACAGCUGUAAAGAUUGAAUUGAUUCAUAGACUAGCUUCUACCGGGUUAUCUGUUAUUGAGGCUACAAGUUUUGUGUCUCCCAAAUGGGUCCCACAGUUGGCUGAUGCAAAGGAGGUAAUGCAAGCAGUUCAUCACUUAGGAAGCAUCAGAAUGCCAGUUCUGACCCCUAAUUUAAAGGGUUUUGAAGCUGCAAUAGCUGCUGGUGCUAGAGAAGUUGCUGUUUUUGCAUCAGCUUCUGAAUCAUUUUCAAAAUCCAACAUUAAUUGUAGUAUUGACGAGAGCCUUACUCGUUACCGAGCUGUUACUCGUGCUGCUAAACAACUCUCAAUUCCUGUUCGAGGGUAUGUAUCAUGUGUUGUUGGAUGCCCGGUAGAAGGACCAAUCCCUCCCUCAAAAGUGGCAUAUGUUGCUAAAGAACUGUAUGAUAUGGGUUGCUUUGAAAUCUCCCUUGGCGACACAAUUGGAGUUGGCACACCAGGAAGUGUAGUUCCUAUGCUUUUAACUGUGAUGGCUGUUGUUCCAAUAGAGAAACUAGCUGUCCACUUCCAUGACACUUAUGGGCAAUCCCUUCCAAAUAUACUUGUGUCCCUCCAAAUGGGGAUUAGCAUAGUGGAUUCCUCAGUUGGUGGUCUUGGUGGGUGUCCAUAUGCUAAAGGUGCUUCAGGAAAUGUUGCCACUGAAGAUGUUGUGUACAUGUUGAAUGGACUUGGUGUCAAAACCAAUGUUGAUCUUGGAAAACUCAUGUUGGCUGGUGAAUUUAUCAGCAACCAUUUGGGAAGGCCUUCAACUUCAAAAACUGCCAUUGCCUUGAACCGAGUCAGUAGUGAUGCCUCCAAGAUAUCAUCAUGUUAUUGA